GCAAGAUAUGCAGUUAAAAUUAUAUUAACUUAUCUCAUGAUAACCUAAAUAUAUUUUUAAUGAUUUUUUUCAACUUUGUAAUAUGUUAUAUUUUUCUUUGUAUUACAUCCUUAAAUUGAUGCUUGAUCCACUUCUAAGCUCAUCCUGACUUGCAUUAACCUGCAAAGUUUCUUCUUAUAGUUUUGAUUUUAUUGUACUUCAGUGACUACAAGGCAUCCAUGGACUGAUCUAGCACAGCAGCCCCAGUGCUCCCUCCACCAUGCUUCACAGCUGGAUUGAAGUGUCCCUGCUUGAGUGCUCAAAUCCCUUUGUUUCCUCAAACCUGGUCUACCUUUUUUUCCUCUUGCCAAAAAGUCCAGUGUUUGUCUCACCUCUUCACAGAACAGAAAAUUAGGUAGACUGUGAUAUUUUUGUCAAGCUGUAAUGAUCUUGCUGUGUUCUGGGUGUUUCUUCACCUCUUUCAGGAUUGCAGGAUUGCUGAGCUCGAUAACCCACCCUUCCAAGAAGUGUUUGGAAAACAGGUACACACAUACUUUUUAUUCAGCCUGCGCUUUGAGUGUGUGUGUUUAAUAAAGAUGGGACAGUGCCAUUGUUUAUUAGUUUUAUGGGUUGGUGUUUAUGUAUCAUUUUAAUUUAGGUUUUAGAAAUCUAUUGGAAAGUGGUGGUAAUUUUCUUUUAACUGUACCGGUACUUUAAAAAGUUGCAGUGUCAUCAUACAUUUAUAAGUGCAGGCUUGAUAGCUUAGUGCACUAAAAGUGAAAAACCUCAUGAGCAUCUAUUAAGGGAUGACUUACUGUUUUUUAUUUUCUGCAAAGGGAUCUAAAGCCUUGGCAAAUUGUUUAAUACCGUUUAUAAAAGCCAUUAGUCACAACUUAUGAACCCUUUAUAAAUGCUGCCUUAUGUGACGUUCGGGGAUCUAAGUCCUGUUAAUGCAUUUUAGGAUGCAAUUGAAAUGUCGCAGAGAGCCUGCUGCUGGGUGUGCUGCAGACUGAUAAACUGCAUUAAAAUCACCACCGAGGGUCACAGAAACACUUCACUGUGAGUAUUAGUGAUAUGUUUUUUCUUUUUUUCGCGCGGGUGGGUUGUUAUCGCGAGGAGCUCUGAAGCUCAAGAGGUGAAGUGAAGCGAGAGUGGGCUUUUUCCCUUUUUUUUUUCUUUUCUUUUUUUUCUUUUUUUUACGUCGACGCUUCCAGGGUGGCAUAGAAAGGAGGACUUUUGCGGGCUCUAAUGGCUUAGUGGGUACACUGACUGCAUACAUGCUUGAUAUGACAUCAUUGCGAGGGUUUGGGGUAGGCUAUCCGUUUCCCUCCCGGAGCACUGCUUGUCACACAUCUGUAACCGCUGGAAUCCUUUUUUUCAGCACCUGGACAGCUCCCGCUCGUGAACCUCUUAUUAUUAUCGGGCACAUGGAGUUCCUGAUGUGAUUCUGGGGGAAGCCCUGCAAGCACAUCAUGCCUCCCUGCGAAGAUGUCGUUAUCACCCUGAUUCAGUGACAGCCUCGUCGUCUCCUUCUGAAGGAUGGUGCUUACAGUCCGGAGUAGGUGUUUUUGUCGUGCGCUAUCUUCUGAGAGGCGAUACGGGUGCUUGGCCAACGCAAAUCUAAGGCUAAUCGCAACCUACACACAGCAAGAUCCGAGCUUCCCUCACACUGAUCAUCAUCAUCAUCCACGGCGAGGAGGGAGAUAUAACCAUCAUCACUGCGAGGGCAAAGGAGUCACGACCACACUUUACACAAUGUAGAGCAAGACAACACAAGAGGAGCCCAGUCUCUGCAGCGGUGAAAUCAUAUUUCACACUUGGGGUUAUUUAGCGUGGACGUCUAUUUGCAGCAACAAGACCUCGACAUGAGCAACACUCAGGCUCCUCCCCAGACCGGAGCCUCAGAGCUGGAGGUCAUCUCCCAGCAGGUAGAGGACGACAACCAGUGUGUGGCCCCCGUCCAGCUGGUCAGCUUCACCUACAGGGAUUUGCCUUUGGCGGCACUGGACAUAUCCCUCGCUGGAUCCCAGCUCAUAUCUAACCCAGAUGAAGAGGAUAGCAGAGAGGGGUCAAACUGGCUGAAGCCAUGCUGUGGACGAAGGGCAGCGCUGUGGCAGGUCUGUCUGCUGUCGGCAGGCUUCAACUGCUUCCUAGUGGCCUGUGUCAUUCUGGUGGUGGUGCUGCUGCUGCUGGAGCUGCUCAUAGACACCAAGCUGUUACAGUUUAAUAAUGCAUUCCAGUUUGCCAGCAUCAUCCACUGGAUCAGCCUGGCCAUUCUUUCUGUGUUCUUCACUGAGACCGUGUUCAGGAUCGUGGUGUUGGGGAUAUGGGAUUACAUCGAGAACAAAGUAGAGGUGUUUGAUGGAGCUGUCAUCGUACUCUCUCUGGCCCCCAUGGUGGCCUCCACAGUGGCCAAUGGCCCCAGCAGCCCCUGGGAUGCUAUCGGUCUCAUCGUUACGCUGCGGAUCUGGAGGGUUAAGAGGAUCAUUGACGCCUAUGUCCUGCAAGUAAAGGUGGAAAUGGAGCUGGAGAUCCAACAGUAUGAGAAGGCCAAGGCUGUGAGGGAGGAACAGCUUGAUCGACUCACCCAGAUCUGCCAAGAACAGGCCUUUGAAAUCAGGCAGCUCAGGGCCCACCUGGCUCAGCAGGACCUGGAUCUUGUUGCCGAGCGUGAAGCAGCCAUGCAGAUCCACCAUGUGUGGGGUAAACAGAGCAGCAGUUUCCAGGAGGUGGACGGUCUGGCCCCUGGGGCCUCUGAGCAUCACAGGCCAAACAAAGUUAGAGAGCCUGGGGGUGCUGCAGAUCAUCAUGGUCAAGAUGACAUGAACAACUAUAUCAGCCAGUACUACAGUGAGCCAAGCAGUGACACAGGGAUCCCAGACCCAGCGCGAGUCAUUACAACAGCAGCCAUAGAUGUGCACCUGCCUAACAACCCGAGUCAGCUACCGCCCUCUUUGGUAAGCGCCGAAGCGGUGCCGUCCAGCCGUUUGCAGCGCACAGGCAGCUCGGUCAGCGAAGCCUCCACAACCACAGUGUCCCGCGCCAGCUUCAGCACCCGUCAGCACAGCAUCAGCAGCCACACACUUGGCUCCACCAUGGACUGCAGCUCCACGGUGCGCGAGGCCUCCACGUCCACAGACUACAGCGACCAACGUUGCUACCCUCCGCCCUACAGCAGCCCUCUGGCUCUGGGCACUCAGCCGAGAGGGAGCCCCAGCGCUGUGGUGCAGGAGUUGCUCUCUUCUCUGUCUGAGGACUCAUGUCUCACACAAAAGGGCCUCGACCCCGUCAACCUGAAACCACCCAGCCCAACAGGUUCCACAAAAACCAGCCCCGAGCUGGAACACAGGGUCAACAUCUACAACAAGAGGAACCAGGAGAGCCGAGUCGGACUCAACUCCAAGACAGUCAUCCAUCUGCAGGGUAACGAGCCUCUCCUAGAGGAGAAGUAUAGGAUGAUGGGGCCAGUAGAUACUCAAAUCAACCGUCUAUCAGAGACAUAAGAGCCUGUAAAAUGUAUAACUUCACAGGACUCGCUCUUUAUUUCAGCCACAAAAAUUAUUGCUCUACUAAAUUCCCAAACUUCGCUGCUGGGAGUCACUGGCACAUAAACUGUAUGUCUGACAUCCUCUUUGUACUACUGGAGCUGAGAGGAUGAACCCGUGGGAGCAGCACAAACAAAGGGCAUGGAUGAGAGAGGGAAGCAGAUUUGUUAUCAGGCAACACUUAUCAGGAAUUGAGACUCAUAAAAACACUUUUACUAAAAGAAACCAGCAACGGGGCUUUUGUCCAAAACUGAAAAUCACUUUUGAUACAUUAAAGUCUGAUUUCUAGGAAAUGAAACCAGUGAGAGGAUGGUGCUGAGGGCUUAGUUCCUCUGAUACACUUUGUAGAUGUGGAGAUAAUGGUGUAGGGACUGAUUUGAGAUAUAAAGUGAAAGUUUCUUUCUGAGUGUAAUAUGUAUAUGAGCCGUUUUGUCUGUCUAGAAUCUCCAAACUCAUAAAGAAAAGUCCUCUUUGAUGGACUGCUGCAGGGUACCAUUGGAUCUUCUUUCUAAUCUGUUUCUAUAUUUGCGUUAACAUUUUUAAUCUAAAUUCUGUGAGUGAAGAGAGUGCAGAAUCCUUUUGAUUGAUGGAUGAUUCGUGUUGAGUUUUUAUCCAGAUGCCAUGACUGGAAACCGACCAAACCCAGCUGAGUCAAUGUCUGAGAUUUUGCAAACUAUGGCAUGACCAUCACUCGACAAGCUAACUGAAAAACCUACCUACACAUGACAUAUUUCACACAAUUCAGGUCCAUCUUUUUUUCUUUGUAUUACUUUAAUGUUUGGAAGUUGUGUAAAUAUUUCAGAUUGGGUUUGGUCAUCUAGUCGCAGCUCAAAAACAGCGAGGGACUCGAAAGCUAGAAUAAAAUGCUGAAGAGGACAGAAUAGCAUGAACCUCUCAGAUUUGCCACCAUAUUGCAAAGUCUGUUUAUUGUUCUGUCAACAGGUACUUUCUAUCUUGAUCAUGGAAAGACAUCAUUGCAAAAAGAACCCAAUAAAGUGAAAAACAUGGCAAGUUAA